AUGGUGCAAAAUCUGGUGGUAGAAUGGAAAACAAGUAACUCUGUUAAAUUGAGAUGGGAAUACAAUGGUCCUACUCACGUCGGCUUCUACUUGAAUCACACCGGAAAGAAGGAGUAUUUCGAUCACACUUUAGCUAUGAAAAGUAUGACGACUCCAGGAUUCAAACACGAAUUAGAUGAAGGCAGUCGAGAAUAUCUAUGGACUAAUUUACGGCCCUACAUGCAGUACACUUUCCAUGUCGGCGUACGAUCCUUACCACCAGGAGCCCGGCAGUAUUGGCCGAAGGAGGUCGUGAUCGUAACGGACCCCACAGGCCCACCGUUCGUUUUUCCACCGGAGUUAGAUGAAGUGAUUACUAUCGGUCUGGCCAGCAGACCCGGUCAAGUCGUAGUGCGUCUGCGACCGGCUUCCGAAGAAUACGGUCCUAUAUCACAUUAUUGGCUAAUCGUAGUGCCAGGCAACUAUUCGAAGGACGAUGUUGUAAAUAUGGGCAGUGCUGAACUGGAAGCGGCCACUAUAGCCAGGCGGAAAGCUCUCGGAAGACAGCUGAGCGUUUCUCCAACCAAGAAGGUAAUAUCUGAGCUCAUUUCUGCCUAUCGAAGAAGCCUGCGGAAUCUAUGA